AUAACUUACGUAUAUAUAAAACGAUAAACUUUGUGAUCAGUUCAUAUCGUGUAUUGAAAAAUAGAAAGUGAAAUGAAAGCACCUAGUGCAGUUAUAGUGCUCAUAGUAUGCCUGUCGGCGGCCACGCCAUUACUGGCCUCCAGUGCCGUCGGCGACGUUGUCGGCAAACUGACGGUCGGAUACCAGGGAUGGUUUGGCGCCAAAGGAGAUAACUCACCGCAUAAUUCAUGGAUCCAUUGGCCCCACAAUAGCGACCACCCUUACAAAGAUCACACAAAUUUUGAAAUCUAUCCUGACACUCGGGAAUACACGCAUACCUACCAAACCGGUUACGCAAACCUCGGUAAUGGACAGCCGGCUAAGUUGUUCUCGUCGUGGGAUAAGCAGACUGUGGACACACACUUCAAAUGGAUGAAAGAGGAUAACAUCGAUACGGCGGCCCUCCAGCGAUUCGCGAGUAGCGUUAAACGCGACCCAAUCGCACAGAAAAGUUUGAACGGUGUGGCCGACAACGUGAGGGCGGCCGCCGAGGCUCACGACCGCAAGUUUUACAUCAUGUGGGAUAUCAGCGGUUGGAAUAACUUCGCGACUGAAAUCAUCGAGGACUACGACAACAACAUCAAGCGCCUGGUGUCCAGUAAGGCCUACGCCCACCAGAACGGCAAACCCGUGGUCUGCAUCUGGGGCUUCGGGUUUAACGGAAGGCCGCAGGACACGAAGGGCGCCAUUGCCCUCAUCGAGCACUUCAAGCAACAGGGUCUCUAUGUGGCGGGCGGUGUGCAGACCCAGUGGCGCACCGACACCACCGCCUGGAAGGACGUCUACACGAAGCUCGAUAUGUUGCAGCCCUGGACGGUCGGCCGCUACGGUAACAUCAAAGGGGCCGAGGAUUACAAGAAGACGCUGGAGGCGGACCACAACACACUGAAGCAGCAUAACAUUGAUUAUCAGCCUGUCCUAUUUGCGGGAUCCUCAUGGAGCAAUUCGCAUCCCGCGUCCAAACGCAAUGAAAACCCACGUGUGCAUGGUGACUUCAUGUGGCGUCAGUUCGUGAACGUGCGAGAGCUGGACAUCCCGUCGUGUUAUGUGGCGAUGUUUGACGAGUACGACGAGGGGACGGCCAUCGCAAAGGCGGCCGAGAAUAAGUCAAUGAUUCCGACAGACCAGUGGUUCCUGACGAUGGACGCCGACGGGGUGGCCGUCAGCGCCGACUUCUACCUCCGACUCGCCGGCGAUGGCAACCGAAUGAUGCAAAAGCAGAUACCGUUGACUCAAACGCAUCCCACAAAACACUACCCGUAAUGCCAUAUAUAUGUCAUU